UAAACCCUAUUUUUGUGAUUCUUGAGAAGCUGCACACUCAUUAGUCUCUGCCGGCGCUCGACGAGUCACUGAUCGGUUGAGUGAUUCUAAUGGUCAUGAACUCUCUGUUACUUAAUGGAAGAAGGUCUCCUGUGUUACACAAAUGGCGUAAUUUGGGAUUUGUAGUGCAAAAGGAAUCUGCUUUUUUCAAUUCCUACUCCUCCUCUGCUAAUGCUCCUAGUAGGAGCUCAAGAGAUGGUCGAAAAGGCAAGAACUUUACUGUCUCUUACCUCGUUAGUUCAUUGGGUUUGUCUAAAAAGCUCGCAGAAUCGAUCUCAAGGAAAGUUAAUUUCACGGACAAGGCAAAUCCGGAUUCAGUUCUGAGUCUUUUUAGAAGUCAUGGGUUCAUAGAUUCUCAGAUCUCAUGCAUCAUUACAGACUAUCCAGAAUUGCUUAUGGUAGAUGCUGAGAAUUCACUUGGUCCCAAGCUUAAGUCUCUAAAGUCCAGAGGAGCUUCAAGCUCUGAGUUCACUCAGAUUAUUUCUACAGUUCCCAGAAUCUUAGGAAAGAAAUCUAUCAGUGUAUACUAUGAUUCUGUCAAAGACAUUAUAGUAGCUGAUCAAAGUUCUAAUUAUGAAUUCCCACAGGGUCAUCAGGGGAAUAAAAUCCGAAAUGUAUCGGUUUUGAGAGGUUUGGGCAUGCCUCAGCGGUUGUUAUUACAUUUGCUCGUCUCCAAAUCGCAGCCCGUGUGUGGAAAAGAAAAUUUUGAUGCAUCCCUCAAGAAGGUUGUUGAGUUGGGUUUUGAUCCAACUACUUCUAAGUUUGUUGUGGCUUUGCGCAUGCUUUACCAAAUGAGCGAGAAAACGAUUGAAGAAAAAGUUGAAGUCUAUAGAAGUGUAGGAUUUACCGUGGAUGAUAUAUGGGAAAUUUUCAAGAAGACUCCUACGGUUUUGAAAGUCUCGAAGAAGAAGAUAUUGAACUCUUUUGAAACAUUUCUAGGCCUAGGAUUUAGCAGAGCUGAGUUUCUGAUGAUGGUCAAGCGUUAUCCUCCUUGCAUUGAAUAUUCUCUAGAGUCGGUUAAAAGAAAGAAUGAGUUUCUUGUGAAGGAGAUGAAUUGGCAACUUAAUUCCUUGGUUUUGCACCCUCAGGCGUUUGGAUACAGCAUGGAGAAGAGGAUUAUACCAAGGUGCAAUGUCCUGAAAGCUCUCUUGUCGAAAGGACUACUCAGAAAGGGAAGUAAACUACCUUCAGGAUCCUCUGUUUUGUCAUGCACCGAUGAACUAUUUUUACAGAGAUAUGUGAUGAAACACAACGAGCUGGUGCCUGUGCUGAUGGCUAUCUUCAACAAAGGUCGUGUUUCAUAGAUCAGAAUUCAGAAGCCACAUCUACAACAAUGAGAAAUGCCAAGAACGCAGCUAUGGGAUAAGUAAUUUCAUGAUAUUUCUAAAAUAUUGUAUGAAGAGAUUGGCACUUUAGUUCUUGUUACAAGCUGCUGAGAGAGUCAGUGUCAGGUUCAAUACUUUUCGUUACCAUAUCUAUACUUGCGUGUGUAUGCCUGUGAGUUAAUUUUUCACUGCUCUUUUGGAUUCUAUUGUGCUGAAUUGUGGCU